UCAGAAAGAAAGGAAAUUUACAAGUGCAAUCGAAUCUCUAUCGCCGCAAUCGAAGAGCUUAACGCAGCCGGCAGUACCAGUCGGCUGUUCUAGAUAAAAGAUUAUCGUAUUUGUUGUAGGAAUACCAACUCCUUUGCAUUCUCUUUAAGUGGAUUGUAAGAGAGUGAUCAAGAAUUGCAAACAUGUCUCGAAAAGGAUUAAUGGAGCAGGAUCUGAGUAAACUGGAUGUGACAAAACUACAUCCACUCUCCCCUGAAGUUAUCUCGCGUCAGGCUACUAUAAACAUUGGGACUAUUGGACAUGUGGCUCAUGGAAAGUCCACGGUUGUGAAAGCAAUUUCUGGUGUUCAGACUGUUCGUUUUAAAAAUGAGUUGGAGCGCAAUAUCACUAUUAAGCUUGGAUAUGCAAAUGCAAAGAUCUAUAUAUGCGAGGAUGAAAAGUGCCCUAGGCCUAUGUCUUAUAAGGCAUAUGGAAGUGGAAAGGAAGACACUCCUAUGUGCGAUGUACCCGGAUACGAAAACUCCAAGAUGAAGCUUCUGAGGCACGUGUCUUUUGUUGAUUGCCCUGGACAUGAUAUUCUCAUGGCUACUAUGCUUAAUGGAGCAGCAAUCAUGGAUGGAGCAUUACUCUUGAUAGCUGCUAAUGAAAGUUGUCCUCAACCUCAAACUUCCGAGCACUUGGCUGCGGUUGAAAUAAUGCGGCUCCAACAUAUAAUAAUUCUCCAGAAUAAGGUUGACCUAAUUCAGGAAAAUGUAGCCAUCAAUCAACACGAAACAAUUCAGAAAUUUAUCCAGAAUACUGUUGCGGAUGGUGCACCUAUUAUCCCAGUUUCUGCGCAGUUGAAAUACAAUAUCGAUGUUGUGUGUGAAUACAUUGUGAAAAAGAUCCCCAUUCCCGAAAGAAAUUUUAUUUCACCUCCAAACAUGAUCGUUAUCCGAUCUUUUGAUGUCAAUAAGCCCGGUUUUGAAGUUGACGAAAUUAGAGGCGGUGUUGCUGGUGGAAGCAUUCUCAAAGGUGUCUUGAGGGUUAAUCAGUUUAUUGAGGUUCGCCCCGGGAUUGUGGUGAAGGAUGAGAGUGGGAAUAUUAAAUGCACACCGAUUUAUUCUAGGAUUGUAUCGUUGUACGCUGAGCAAAAUGAGCUGCAAUUUGCUGUUCCUGGAGGCCUCAUUGGUGUUGGUACUACCAUGGACCCCACAUUGACACGUGCUGAUAGAUUGGUUGGUCAGGUUCUUGGAGAGGUCGGAUCUCUCCCUGAUGUUUUUGUCGAACUGGAGGUGAACUUUUUCUUGUUGAGACGUCUUUUGGGUUUGAGAACGAAGGGAACAGAGAGGCAAGGAAAGGUUGCAAAGCUGACGAAGGGAGAGAUUCUGAUGUUGAACAUAGGUUCGAUGUCUACAGGUGCUCGAGUUAUUGCUGUAAGGAAUGACUUGGCAAAACUGCAGCUGACAUCACCAGUCUGCACCAGCAAAGGCGAGAAAAUUGCUCUUAGUCGACGUGUUGAGAAGCAUUGGCGUCUUAUCGGUUGGGGUCAGAUACAAGCUGGUGUCACCCUUGAAGUUCCUCCCUGCCCGAUUUGAGACAGCAAAGAGAAAAGUAGAGAAGAACCGGGUAAAAGAGAAACUUUUUCGUAACAAACUAGGUUUAAAUUAUGUGGGAGGGGAGAGAACUUCUUGGUACUAUUUUUGUGAGAUGGAGAAGAAAACUUGAUGGUUUGAUUGGAUUUGGUUUUAUUAGUGAUUCAUUCAUCUUGUUCUUUGUGUGAGCUUCUUCUAUUGACAUAUUAGGAAUAAUUUCUUUUCAAUUUUCAUUGGCAUAAGAUUGUGUGGAUCAAUUGCUUCUAAAUGUAUUUGUUGUUGGUGUUGGAUUUA